AUGGCCUUAACCAUUCAAUCCUCAAUACUAUUUCCAACGACCCUCAAAGCCUGCUCAAUGUUCGCCAUGCUCACCGGAUCAAUGGACGUCAUCUUCGGAGCAGACAUGAUAACCUCUGCAGCAGGGCCUCUUCCGCUCGGAUCCCCGGCCAUCACGCUGCUAGACAGUCAGAUUCGAUACUUAGGAGCCAUGUGGGCCGGGUAUGGCGUGAUGCUUUGGUGGACGAGCAAUGAUUUACAGACCAGAAAGGCUCCGCUAGACCUCCUUGCUGGUAUCAUGUUUGUUGGUGGGAUUGGACGUCUGGUAUCGGGGAUGAGGUAUGGGUUUAGUGCGAACUGGGUUAAGGGGGCUAUGGUUUUUGAGUUGUGA